AUGGCUGACGCACCAAGAGGCGGCGCACGAGGAGGUUUCGGCGAUAGAGGCCGUGGAGGAGAUCGUGGACGUGGACGUGGACGAGGUCGCGGACGUGGUCGUGGAGGUAACAAGGACGAGGCAAAGGAAUGGCAACCAGUCACCAAGCUUGGUCGUCUCGUGAAGGAUGGAAAGAUCAACUCAAUGGAGGAAAUCUACCUUCACUCUCUCCCAAUCAAGGAGUACCAAAUUGUUGACUUUUUCUUGCCAAAGUUGAAGGAUGAGGUCAUGAAGAUCAAGCCUGUUCAGAAGCAAACCAGUGCCGGUCAACGUACCAGAUUCAAGGCCAUCGUUGUCAUCGGUGACUCUGAGGGACACGUUGGUCUCGGUAUCAAGACCUCCAAGGAAGUCGCAACUGCUAUCCGUGCCGCCAUCAUCAUCGCCAAGUUGUCUGUUGUGCCAAUUAGAAGAGGAUACUGGGGUACUAACUUGGGUACUCCUCAUUCUCUCCCAACCAAGGAGAGUGGAAAGUGUGGUUCAGUUUCUGUCAGACUUAUCCCAGCUCCCCGUGGUACCGGUCUUGUCGCAUCCCCAGCCGUCAAGCGUCUCCUCCAACUCGCAGGUGUCGAAGAUGCAUACACUUCCUCUUCCGGUUCGACCAAGACCCUCGAGAACACCUUGAAGGCUACUUUCGUUGCUGCCGCCAACACAUACGGAUACUUGACUCCUAACUUAUGGAAGGAGACCAAGCUCGUCAGAAGUCCUUUGGAGGAAUUCGGUGAUUCUCUCCGUGCUGGCAAGCGUUACUAG